UAAUUGCAUAUUUCAAAAUUAAACACUUUUAUUUUGUCUGUAAAUCUAUUAAGCGGACGUCACUUAAAAUAUCGUAAAUAACGGCGCCAUGUUGAGUAUGCAAACUGUAUGCCUGAAAACAAAAGUGUGGUGUCAUCAGUGAAUAGAAAAAUAAGUUAAUUUUUUUUUAAAUUGAUUUUAGUUGGGAAAUAUAAUUGGCUGCGUUAUUGUAACUGCUUAAGGAAGUUCUGACAUUUCUUAUCACUCUUUGUUGUAUGAAGUGAUUUUUAUGUCUAACCAUAUUGGAAUUACAGCUUUGGAUUUAUAACAGAUUGCAUUUUGUAUCAAUUUCAUAAUGCGUCGAAAUUCACGUGACAUGCAAGUUAAUGUUGCUGGGAUUCGAAGAAAUAUUAAAAACUUUGCACACAAUUACUCUGAUGCCCAGAAAAAAGUCAGAGAAGUCACUUCUAAUGAUCCAUGGGGACCUAACAGCACUCUAAUGGCAGAAAUAGCAGAUCUUACAUACAAUGUGGUAGCCUUUAGUGAAAUUAUGCAAAUGGUGUGGAAACGACUCAAUGAUGAUGGCAAAAAUUGGAGACAUGUAUACAAGGCAUUAGUUUUACUAGACUAUUUAAUCAAAACUGGAUCAGAGAAAGUGGGGCAACAAUGCAAAGAGAACAUUUUUGCUAUUCAAACGUUAAAAGAUUUCGAAUACAUGGAGGAUGGAAAGGAUCAGGGUCAAAAUGUUAGAGAGAAAGCUAAGCAACUUGAUAACUUAUUGAGGGAUGAAGAAAAACUGAAAAAUGAAAGGGCAAGGGCCUUAAAGGCAAGAGAACGAUUUGCUCAAAGUGCUAGUGGAUUUGGUAGUGAUGGAGGACUUGACACUCCUACAAGUCCGAGGUAUCCUGCCUUUAGAGGGGAGUGGAAUAGUCGGGAUUCUGAUUCUUCAGCAGCUGAAAUACCCAGAGAUAUUGAAAUUGCCAGACCUCAGACAGCCGGUGAAGAGGAACUGCAGCUUCAGCUGGCAUUGGCAAUGUCAAGGGAGGAAGCUGAACAGGAAGAACAAAAAAGAAAAUCAGAUGAUGUGCGCUUACAGUUGGCCUUAAGCCAGAGCCAACAAGAUUUUAAAAAAAGUCAGGAAAAAAUACAGAGUCACAUGGUGGACUUGCUUGAUGUCAAUUUAGGUGACGGUGCGGCUCCAGUUGACCCUUGGGGAAUGCCACAGACUGCUAGGCCUCAAUCUCUGGAUUUAAAUCUGUUUGGAUUUGGUAACAUGCCAUCGCAAUGGCAACAAUCUACUUCUCUUUCCUCCCCACCAAAGGCACUCGACCCUUGGAAACCCGCCACGGCGGCGUUGUCAAGUGCGAGCACGAAAGUCGAUCCUUGGGAGCCCUCAUCGGGUGUGGUUGCUGCCACAGUUACUUCGCCCGUUAAUGCCCCACGUCCUAACCACGAUCCAUGGUCGCCAGUUAGUCAUAGUUCUUCUGAUCUGGAUGAAUUUGAUAUCAUAUCACAUAGGAAUAGGCCGACAUCGCCGAAAACUAACGGAGAAUCAACAUCCGAUCCGUUUGAAUUGAACUUGCUUGGUGAAUCUUUGCCAUCAGCCGGUCCAAGUCCGUCCUCGGGAGCCCAGAAAAAGACGCCGCAAAGUUUCCUAGGGGAGAAUUCGGCACUAGUCAAUUUAGAUAAUUUAGUUACCACAAGCAAACCGAGUAACCCGACAUCGACGGCGAAUCCGUUCUCGGAUCCGACGGCCGCGCCCCAAUGGCGACCGGUGUUCAACGCGCAACCGCCGAAGCCUUCGAUCAACGAAAUCAAGCAGCAAUCGUUCGCCCAAUUUGCCGCGACGAGCGCGCCGCAUCAACAGCCGCCCGCGCCUGAAGGCGUGGCACCUCUAUACGCUGUGUACGACGUCGGAGCCACUCAGUUCCCGCCGUUCAGUGGCGGCGGAGGCGGCGCCAUGCCUUUGGAAGCGACCCCCCUCCAGACGGUGCAAGAUCCUUGGACGCCCGUGCCGGCCGUGCCUGCGACAUCUACGACGAACUUAAACGCUAACGGCCACGCCCCCUGGAUGAUGAAAACCAACGAACCAGCGGCGAAUCCUUUUCUGUCCUAACGUCGACGUACAUGACGUGCAUGAAUGAUUUCACCAGGACACUAUUAACUAGAUUAGGAAGCAAAAAUGGUGCAAGGUUGAUCCAUAUAGCCUUUUACUUUUCAUUGGUAUAUACAUAUAUAUUUUUUAUAUUUAUUAUGAAACAGAGAAUUCUGCAUUUUGGAUGUCCGUCAAGAUUCUUAUAUUUUAAAUAAAUUAUGCCUUGUUAUAGAUGUUAGCAAUUUUUAAAAGGAUGUAUUGCUCAUUUUACUGUCCUCUGGAUGAUUGUUUACACUUAUUAAUUUUUGGUUGAAAAAAAAAUCCGUUAUACUUGUUUAUAGGAUAUUAUUCUGUUGGCUUCAAUUCAAAUAAUUUGUUUACUUAAGGUCACUUUCAGGCAUUUUUUUUCUAUGUUAAUAGUAAGUCUCAACUUCCCUAGUGACUACUGUCUAUUGUAUUAAACACAAAAAGUAGAUGUUUUAUUGUCCAAAAAACUAACAUAAUUAAUAAAUAUGGUAUUAAAUGAUUUUUUCAAAUUAUUAAAUGUAUUAAUAUUUUAUUUUUGGUUGGGUCUUCUGUCAGAUAUACUUAUUUCUUGUAAAGAAUUAUUUGCAAAGAUGCAUUUUUGUUAUUGCCUCAUUACACAUUAAAUUUUAUCCAUUUUGGAGCUUGUUUAACUUUCCGCAGUGGUUUCACUUGCAAAACUAUUGUCAACAUUGUCUUAUAUUUGUUUUGAUUUAUAUAUUGCAGUAUUUUGUUUGAUUUUUGUUAAAGGCUUAUCAAUAGUUUAAGUUUAAAUAAAUGUUAUUACAUUGUAUAAAAUAUAAAUUAUUUCAGACAGUUUUAAUAUAUAUUUUGUAAUAUUUCUGAUUUGUAUAUAACAUAAUACACUACUUACUCAUCGAGCUUUUAAUUUUACAAUGUUAAAUUGUAUAUAGUAUUUUUUAGUGUAAGUUUUUGUAUUAUAAAACGGUUAGGCUCCUUUAAUAUGGCAUAAUGGAAUCUAUUGUAUCGUGAUAGCUAUU